AUGGCCACCAACUCAUCAGAAGAGCCAAUUUACAAGUAUUAUUCCUGUGAUUCCAUCUCCCCCUCUCUGCAUCAGAACAAGCUGAUCCCCACCAUCUUCAGUGUCAUCUUUGUCUUUGGUUUCGUGGGCAAUGUCUUGGUGGUGUUCGUGUUAUGUCAAAAGUCCAACCGUAAAACAGUGGCCGACACCUACAUGGUAAACUUGGCUCUCUCAGAUCUGUUGUUCCUGAUCAGCCUGCCUUUCUGGGCAGUCUACUACUCCUUUGACUACAACUGGGUGUUUGGUGGGCUGAUGUGUAAGCUGUGUGGCAGCCUCCUCUCUCUGAAUGUCUACGCCAGCAUCUACUUCAUCACCUGUAUGAGUGUGGACCGCUACAGAGCCAUUGUUAAUCCCCUCCAGUCUCAGUGCAGCAGGAACCUGUGUCGGGCGCGAGUGGUCAGCUGUGUGAUCUGGACCAUCGCUGGCCUCAUGACCAUCCCCACCAUGGCCUUCAGAGUCACCUACCACCUGGAGGAGUUGGGGGUCACGGCAUGUGCCCUCAUAUACCCACCUACCCAGACAAACUGGUUCCCUAGCCUGGCCCUGACAAUGAACAUCCUGGCCUUCCUGGUGCCCUUCACAGUCAUCGCCAGCUGCUACUGCUGCAUCAGGAAGCACCUCCUGGGGGGACAGCCCAGCCUGGAAAAGAGCUCCAGCAACCUGGACCGUGUGAUGAAGAUGGUAGUGGAUGUGGUGCUGGCCUUCUUCGUCUGCUGGUUCCCCUUCCACGUGCUGACCUUCCUGGAUGUCCUGAGCACCCUGGGGGUGAUGCACAGCUGUUGGGUGCGCCAGGCCAUCGUCACCCUGAUGCCCUUCACCCUCUGCCUGGGCUUCUCCAACAGCGCCAUCAACCCUGUACUUUACUGCUUUGUGGGGAACCACUUUCGGGAGCAGCUGUGGCGGCUGUACGAGGAGAAGGCUCCCAGGCUGUGCCAGAAGAGAGACUCCAUCAGGACCAGGCUUAGCUUUUCUCCAGGAACAUAA